CAAUAUGAGCAAAGAGAAAUGCGUUUCCAUGAAGAAAUGCAAGAGCAGCUGAAAAAAUUUGAUAACGAGCUGGAUCGUAUUCGAAACGAAUUGGAUUAUUUGAAAUCAGAAGACAAGCGAGGGUACACGAUACAUUUGCUUAUGUAA